AUGGUAACGAUUCUAAAUCGUAGAAGCAGAGUUUUCCUGAAGCUUGACAAUCUACAACCCGCUGGAUCAUUCAAAUCUCGUGGUAUCGGAAACUACAUUCUACGGCGAGUUGCUGAACUUCGGGGAUGUUCCAAAAUACACUUUUAUGCAGCAUCAGGAGGGAAUGCAGGCAUUGCCUGCGUCCAUGCAGCCAAAUUAAUAGGCUACCCCGCGACGGUGGUGAUUCCCACUACUGCGAAGCCUGCAAUGGUCUCAAAGUUGUGGGCCAUGGGGGCGACGGAAGUUAUCCAACAUGGCGCCAAUAUUGCAGAAGCCCAGGAAUAUAUCCAGAAGGUACUGUUGCCACAGGACCCUAAUGGAUGUUUCGUACCCCCCUUUGACCAUCCGGAUAUCUGGGACGGCAAUGCGACAACUAUGGAGGAAAUCGCAGAGCAGCUUGGUGGAAAACCCGAUGUUGUAGUCUGCAGUGUUGGAGGUGGAGGCUUGUUGAAUGGAAUUAUGCAGGUGAUUGAUAAAAAGAACUGGAGUGACGAGGUACAAGUCCUGGCGAUGGAGACGGAGGGUGCGGACUCGUUGAAUCGAUCUCUCCAUGCGGGGCAGAUCAUAACGCUUCCACGAAUCACAUCUCAGGCCACGAGCCUGGGGGUCGUUAGGGUCUCUCGGAAGGCUUUCGACUACGCUAAGCGCCCGAACGUUACGAGCAUUGUCCUCUCGGAUGCGGAAGCCGCACGAGGGUGUUGUCUAUUGGCGGAACACGAAAGGAUGAUGGUCGAGCUCACCGUCGGUGUCAACGUACCAGUCUGCUAUGGAGGCCUUUUGCAGAGGGUCUUAGGACCCAGAAAAGCUCUCGAUAGAUCGAGUAAAGUGGUGAUAGUCGUUUGCGGCGGAAACGACAUCGAUAUUGAGAUGCUCAUGGACUGGCGCCGUGAGAUGCUGGGCAAUGAGAACAUGCAGGAAAACACAAUAACUGCAGCACGAAAGUCGGGACCACUCAGGGUGGCAGUGAAUUAA